UGUGAUACUGUGGAACUUCCUGUGGAUUUACAGUCUCAAUUUAUGAUUUCAGGGAGGAGAACAUUGCUAUUAUCAGGGAAAAAUUCGAGGAAAUCCAGUAUCAUUUGUUGCCUUGUCAACAUGCCAUGGACUACAUGGGAUGUUCUAUGAUGGAAAUCAUACAUACCUUAUUGAACCAGAUGAAAACUACUCUUCAGAUGAUGACUUCCAUUUGCACUCUGUUUACAAAUCCAAGUUGUUUGAGUUUCCUUUGGAUGACCUGCCAUCUGAGUUCUGGCAAAUGAAUGCUACAUCGCAGAAGUUUGUUGUAAAGCCAAGACACAAAAGAAGUAGAAGGCAGGUUCGUCAGAUUCCACGUAAAGUUGAUGAAGAAACAAAAUACAUCGAGUUAAUGAUUGUAAAUGAUCAUCUAAUGUGUAAAAAGCACCGCUUAUCAGUCGGCCAUACAAACAGCUAUGCUAAGUCAGUUGUGAACAUGGCAGAUUUAAUUUAUAAAGAACAACUUAACACCAGGAUAGUGUUGGUUGCCAUGGAAACCUGGGCUACUGAUAACAAGUUCACCAUAUCUGAAAACCCCUUGGUGACCCUACGUGAGUUUAUGAAAUAUAGGAGGGAUUUUAUCAGAGAGAAAAGUGACGCAGUUCACCUUUUUUCGGGGAGUCGAUUCCAGAGCAGUCGGAGCGGUGUAGCCCACACUGGUGGAAUCUGCUCCUUGCUUAAAGGCGGAGGUGUGAAUGAGUUUGGAAAGACAGACUUAAUGGCAGUUACCCUGGCACAAACCUUGGCCCAAAAUAUUGGCAUUUUCUCAGACAGAAGAAAACUAAUAAGUGGUGAGUGUAAGUGUGAGGACACGUGGUCAGGAUGCAUAAUGGGAGACACCGGGUAUUAUCUUCCAAGGAAGUUCUCCAAGUGUGAUAUUGAAGAGUAUCAUGAAUUUUUAAAUAAUGGAGGUGGAUCCUGCCUUUUCAAUAAACCAACCAAGCUUCUGGAUCCUCCAGAAUGUGGCAAUGGCUUUGUGGAAGAUGGAGAAGAGUGUGACUGUGGGUCGAUAUCAGAGUGUGCCAGUGAGGGAGGAGAAUGCUGCAACACGUGCACCCUGACGGCAGGCUCCCAGUGCAGCAAUGGGCUUUGCUGUCGGAAGUGUCGGUUCGAACCUAAAGGAGUUUUGUGCCGAGAAGCAGUGAAUGAUUGUGAUAUUGCAGAGAACUGCACAGGAAACUCCAGUCAGUGUUCUCCCAAUAUUCAUAAAAUGGAUGGAUAUUCAUGUGAUAACAAGCAGGGCAUUUGUUUUGGGGGAAGAUGUAAAACCAGAGACCGUCAGUGUAAAUAUAUCUGGGGUGAAAAAGUGACAGCUGCUGACAGGUACUGCUAUGAGAAGCUGAAUAUUGAAGGGACUGAGAAAGGAAACUGUGGGAGAGACAAGGACUCUUGGAUACAGUGCAAUAAACAGGAUGUGCUUUGUGGAUACCUUCUGUGCUCGAAUAUAUCUAGUGUGCCCAGACUUGGAGAACUUGAUGGUGAAAUCACAUCUUCUGUCUUGCAGUUUGGAAAAGUCUACAAUUGCAGUGGCGGCCAUGUGAAGCUCGAUGAGGAGACAGACCUGGGCUACGUGGAGAAUGGGACGCCGUGUGGGCCGAAUAUGGUGUGCCUUGAGCAUCGCUGCCUCCCCACUGAGUCCUUCAACUUCAGCACCUGCCCAGGCACCACAGACAACCAAAUUUGCUCAGGACAUGGUGUUUGUAGCAAUGAAAUAAAAUGUGUUUGUGACCGAUUCUGGGGAGGAGAUGACUGCAGUUCUCGCAUCAAGGAUGAUAUGUUUUUUGAUAAAGAUGCCAUCAACAAAGGUGUUGUUAGCACAAAUAUAAUAAUAGGGGCUAUUGCUGGCACCAUUUUAGUGUUGGCUCUCGUUUUAGGAAUAACUGCUUGGGGUUACAAAAACUACAGAAGGCAGAGACAAAUACCCCAGGGAGAUUAUGUAAAAAAGCCUGGAGAGGCCGACUCUUUUUAUAGCGACAUGCCUCCUGGAGUCAGCACAAACUCUGCAUCUAGUUCUAAGAAGAGGUCUGCUUUUCUGUCGCAUUUUCAGAUUUCUACCUGUUCCAUCACCCAUUAUUCCAUUAGUCAGAACAUUUCAUUGUUUUGCAGCAGGUCAAAUGGAUUAUCUCAUUCCUGGAGUGAAAGGAUCCCAGACACAAAACAUAUUUCAGACAUUUGUGAAAAUGGGAGGCCUAGGAGUAAUUCUUGGCAAGGUAAUAUAGGAGGAAACAGAAAGAAAGUCAGAGGCAAAAGAUUUAGGCCACGGUCUAAUUCUACUGAGACACUGUCUCCUGCAAAGUCUCCAUCUUCAUCCACUGGGUCUAUUGCUUCCAGCAGAAAAUACCCUUACCCGAUGCCACCACUUCCCGAUGAGGAGAAAAAAGCUAACAGGCAAAGUGCCAGGCUAUGGGAGACUUCCAUUUAGCUGCUCCGUUUUCCUGGGGUGACGUCAAGAACUGUUUACUUCAGAUUUUAUAGAAACUCAGCAUUGCUGAGUCCUUGCACAUUCAUCUGUUCUUCAGACAAUGGGAAAGAUCAACACAGAUGCCCGUGAUCACAAUGGGAACCUCCUCUUAUUUGGAAGGGAAAAAGCAGUCUUUUUUUUUUUUUUUUUGUCAACCAGAAUUUUAUGGAUUUGAUAUUUGAUGUAAAGAACAACCAAAAUUACACCAAUUAACAGGGGAGUAUUAGACUGGACAUAUCGAGGCUGUUCCACAUGAUGAGAGAUACACUUACCUAGCAUCCCAGCUGCAGUCAGGUUGCAAGUCCCACCCAAGAGAGGUUUUUCUUGGGUUUAAUGCAGUUCCAAGUCAGACCAGACGGGGCUUGGGAAAGCGUGUUCAGGAGAACCCGGCCAAUGUAAACUUGUACGCUGUGUGCAUGAACCUUGUGUUCUUUACUUUCCACAUGUAAGGGAUAAACAACAUACCGUAGUAGCAAUUAGCAUGCAGGAGUAAGAAAUAUAGGAUUUUAUUGUUUUUUUUUUGUGACAGGAUUUCAAGCUUUGAAAGGCAACUCUUUGAACCUAAACGUCAAACAAACAAACAAGGAUUAUAUCUUUUUUUUUCUUUUUUUUUUUUUAACCUUACAUGUUUAUAAUCUCAGUAUACAGAUUGUAUAUAUGUAAACAUUUGAUAAUGUCAAAAAUAGCUGUUAUACAUAUGUGUAUUUUGCCAAAUGCCUAAAGAAACAGUCAUGACUAACAUCAUCACACUUCAAUUUUUCUAAUAUUAUGAGCAGACAACUGUGGAAAUACAGAAAGUACAGUACUGUAAAACCAUGUCUCUCAGAAACUGGUGUUUGACCAAAAUCUGUACCAUCUUCUAAGUAAUCGACAAUCUCAAUUACACAGUGGAACACAGAAAUCAGUACUGUAUACUUUGUCUUAAAUCAUCGUAAGGGGAACCAGCCAACAUAUGCUGUCCAGUGAGAUGACCAGAGUAUUCUCACACCGGUGCGAUCAAGAAUGAUCCUCUAGACAACAGAGACAGAGUCUUGAACUAACCUGCAGUACAAACGUCCUGAAAAUUUGGGAACACUUCGACAGUGUCAAUUCAGGAUGUGGUGGUGUGAAGGCCUUCUGGUGAGACUCGCUGUAUAUUUCUGACAGAGCAUUUCAGAUGCUGUUUUGGAUGGCAAAGUGUAUCUUAUGAGAAACCUAACAAUUUCACUGCACUAGAUAAUAACAAUGCUGGGCAAGUGGCCAGUUUCAUUGCUGUCUUUUUAUUUGUUUCUGGAAUCUCCUUUACCAUGUGCUAGGAUGCUCUGCUUGCUGCCCCUGAAGUCCCCUUGACAAUUUUUUGGGGCCAUGAACUGAGUACAAGUGAGUUUAGCCUAUAAAACAAACCAACAAACAAAAAAACCAACAAAAAGCCCAACACCUUUACCAUGGAGAUGUUGGUUUCCUGAAUAAACGGAUGGUGAGAUUUCUAGUACCUGAGAUUUUUUUAAAGGGUGUUGUAAAAACAAAUGUGGUAAUCUGACUGGAAAUUUUCAUUCAAUAAGAAAACCGGACCACAUCAAUUCAAUUUAUAAUUCUCCAGCUCUCCAAAAAUGACAGAUUCUUAGCUUCAGGUAGUGCCAUUACAGAAUAACACACGAUUCUGUACGGAGCAGUUGAAUACCUUGCCCAAUGACCGAGCGAUCAAUUAGAUAUCAUUGUGAUGGGAACAUCUGCGGUGUUUCUGAAUCUUCUACCUCUUUCAUGUAUUUCCUUUAAAAAGCGAACCCAACACUUUCAGCCUUUUAAUAUAUUUUUUUAACUUUUAAGUAAGUCAAUAAAGUCACAUAUAUGUAAGAUUAAAUUAAGAAAUGUCAGCAGCUAUAAAGUAAGCAAGAUUUUUAGAAGCGCUAUAUUUUAUGAUUAGGCUGUGUGUUGGAUUAUAACAAAAUAUUGACCUUGGAGUUCAAAUGAUUUCCUUCACAGUCGACAGGUUCUGGUAAGUAUUUUAGAGAAAGGCAAAUAAGAGCGAGUACAAGUACAAGACAGAACAGCUGGACGGAGCCAGUCACUUGUAAUUGCUUUAGGAAAUGAUUCUGCACUUUUUUGAACAGUAAAUAGUUGGUAGCACAGAAGAAUAUUUUUUUGCAAAGAUUUACUUUGAGUGUACGUAACUGGAUUGAAGGUAGUUGGUAGUGUAUAGCUCAUGAAAUAAGGGCCUGAGCCAUAAUCACUUGAAAUCAAUAGAAGUCUUCUAUUGAUCUCGCUGGACUUUGAGUGGGACCCUCAAGUUCACCCUAAUUAGGAAAUUAUGCUAGCCUCACAGCUCUUGUGUUACUCUGUUGCCUGGAAGCUGUUUUCCCCUUCCACGUUAGUAUCUUGUCUCUAGUAACUGGACUCUUCAUCAUGUGCCUUUUAUGAUAUUUUGUUUGGUUACAAUCUAGCAUGUAAUUUGAAUAAUCCUGUUAGAUUUCUGUGCGUAUUUCCUGUUUACCACCCUUUACUCUUCCCUUUCCAUUUUGCCUUAUCAAGAAGCAGCAAGAUUUGGCAAACAGAACUGGAUGUACCAUAUUGGCUGUUUGUGUAAUAUUCAUAGCUUAUUGUUUUGAAAACAAAUGGCUCUCCUGACUGUAUUUUCAACGUACUAUGUACUUACAGCUUCUCACGUGUUUUGGUAUAACUCAUUCAUAGCAUAUGAUGAUACAGUUGUGUCUGUAGCGUAACUUUAACAGUCACCUUUACAUUUGGGGCUAUGUCGUGACUGGAAGUCUAGUUAUGAGCUCUAAGUUUAAGUUAAAUAAACACUGACUUUCACUUUGAUGGUCUACAGUGAGAAUAUCACAAACCUUUCAUUUUUGCAAAAUUCUUCAGCAGAGAAUUUUGCAUUAACUUUGUAGCUUGGAGAUCUUGUCAUGGCACAAAACCUGAACUGUUUUCAGGUUCAGCCCAGGAAACUGGGCUGUGAGAGCCUCUUAAGCCAACGGAGGUCAAAGAAGAAGUUGCUUGCUUGCAUUUCUGUGGUUUAAAAUGCAGUGUGUUGAAAGCUGCCAGAUUUGUAACCUUGAAGACUGCAUAUAUUUUUAUCCAUAGUAGUUGGUUACACUGGCAAUAGCAAUAUAAAUUGCCGCAUAAUACCUCAUCCAGUCUACAAUAGAGCACUCAUAUUGUCAAUAAGAUAACUCAGUCAUUUUGACUCAUUGAGACUCAAACUUUUAUUUUUCUUUUAGUAAAUUAACUAGUUUUUGCCAGCUAUGCUGUAGAAACCUGUUGAAGUGGGUGGUGGUGGUGUGUAAUGUCUAAUACAUUACAAGUAUUUGUCCAUAAGAGCAUACAACCAGCAGGAUGAGCUAUACUUAGCGUUAUGUAUUUUAACAUGUGGGAGAAAAACCUUGUAUAAUUUAAAACAAAAUUAAUAUCACUAACUGAUGGCAACUGAAAGUUACAGACCGUAUCCAGAUAAUAAUGCUGCACAGUGAUGCUGCAAUUUAAUAACUAAAAAUAUACCUGCUAGUUCUGGAUUUGUUAAGAAUUUGAUUAAUCCAUGCUAUUGCCUUUUGGUGAACAUACUCAGGCAGUAUAUCAGAAAUGGCUUGGACUGAUAAUUCACAUAUAAUUUUGUUACCUGAUUUAAGUAUGACAUGUAUCUUUGAAGACAGCCACUUCCAAAUGGUUUAUAAGUUUUGUUCCUGAUUUAUGAUGCUGACCCUGCUAAGCUGAUGUACUCAUUAGAUAAUUUUGAUUAUGCAAAUGAACAAAUGGAACUUUGGGCUUUAGCCUGAAUUAAAAAGAGAAAAAAAAAAUGUCAAUAGCUAGUGUGCUGAAGUCCUCUUACCUGAAUCACUGUUGCUGGUUUUAAAUGAACUGAGGGGUCUUGUCAACAUCAAUGUGACAACUGUUUUCAAAACCAGGGCUAUGAGUAGGUACAUACACUAUUACAGGCAUGCACGUACUACAAAUUCAGACCAAAUUUACAUUCGUUUCAUUAGUAUCAUGGACAUUAGUAUCAUGGACACACUCAACAUGAUAAAGACUCUUGGCAUGUGAGAAGAGGCGAAUACAUCAGGAUGUAACGUGACACGAUGAGUCCGUAAUUCUGUGGGAUAAUAGGUUAGCUCUUAGCAUUUGCUCUGUCAUCAAAUCCCAUACAGAGCUGUUGUAGCCAAACUUACCAAAUUCCGGUGUAAAACUGAGCAAGCUGCUGUUCCCUUCCCUUCUAUCCCCUUUUUGCUCCUACUGAAAAGCAUUCCCAUGAAUGAUAAUUUCAUUCACUAGCAACCUCUUGUGUUGAUUGACUAAGAUCAAAAUGUUGCCAAGUGAGUUGCCUUUCCACACGAGAUAAGGUCUUUCCAGUGCUGUUAUUACAUCUUUUGCACUUGCUGCAGUAUAGGUGAAAGAGCCUCAUGUCUCAUUCGCAAUUUGCACUGGUAAAACCAUUUGGUGGCUGUCAUCCGGUGUCUUUCUCAUCCUCUAGCAUUUUGGAAGGAUAAAUCUCUUUUAUCACUGUGAACCUAAAAGUCAUACUACAUCCUAAUUUUCUUCCUCCAACUCUCAAAAGUAUCCACUUCUUCCUCUAAGUCGUCUGAAUAUCUGUAUCAUUAGCACAAUGUGUUACUUAUAUCAACCACAAUGUAAAGUUGAUUUACCUCAUUUUUAAGAGCUUGAGCAUUCUGGUCUCCUCUGCUGCCAGUCUGACCCCACUAUUUGCCUGGCUUCCAAACCAUACAGCAUUGAACAGCAAUAUGGGAUUUGACUUCAAUCAAAUUUCCUGAAGACAAAUGUAAAUAAAUUGCACGUUUGUACAGCUUGUCAUCCUGUGACUGCAUGGUGGGGUGAAGUUCCUAUGUGCAAAUAAAUAGCUAUCAUGGAGCUAUAAUAGAGCAAGAAGAAAAGGAGGACAGUGAAGCUGAUUGUGUAGAUACAGUUGCAGUAUAGAUAGGACUCUUAGGUGUGACCACCUGAAACAAGAAAUGAAGUGUCUACCAUUGACACUAAAAACUCCUUUGACCCAAAUAUUUUCCAAGUUGGCUUAUGAAAAAUAUUUCGGUACCUCAGGUAUGGAUGCUGAUGUAGACUAAAGCUUUGGAAACAGUAGCUCCUACAGCCAGCAGGUGGUGUGUUGUCAUUCCAGAGCAGUUUCCUGCAAUUGAUUAGAAAUGUGCUACAACAAUCAACACAAAUAGGUUGUUAUCUCCGAUGAGUAACCAAAACGAGCAGUAAAAGUAACUUCAGAACACAGAAAUGUGUUUGGUUGCUCAGACUCAAGAAACUCUGUCCCUGACUUUCAAAUCGGCUCACCUGUCUGGGGCUGGCAUUUUCAGUUCUCUAAAAUACAGCCUACACUCAUUUAAAAAUACUUUAGCUAAGCCAACUCUAAACUGGUUGAAAACUUUGGUUACAUAGACAGGCUGUAACUGCAAUAUAACUCAGCAUGAGAUGAGGAAGAUUGGUGAAAAGAAGUACAGAGCAAUUAAAAAGAAACAUUCUCUAAAGGGAGAAGCAGAGGUGUCACACUAUUUUUAAUUACAGGGGCAUAAAAUGUCAAAGCAACAAGCUUUUUUUUUUUUUUUAAUGUUUAUGUAUCCUCUGAUUAAAAAAAAAUGAAAAGUUUUGGUUAAAAAAAAUCUUAACUUGAGGCCUUAAGACCUUAUAUAUUCUAACUUUAGCAUGGAGAGUCUAUUUUUACAACCACAUUAGGAAUUCUGUAUAUAGGCCUGACUGACCAUGUAAGUAUAGUGGUGCUAGCAGCUAAUCAUGCAAUAUCGUAAGGCUCUGUAUAACAGUAAAUGCUGAUUUAUUUUGACUAUUGGUACAAGGACUCCUGCUCACUGCCUGUGUAGAGAAUCUAAAUAUUUUAUGCUUGGAAAUACAGUCCAGAACAUAUUCAAACUGUGAAUAUAUAACCUGAUUUUUCUUUUCUUAAGGGUAAAGAUGUAUUACAAUAGGUAGUGUUUUAUAUAGAAUACAGUACUUAUUUUUAUUGUUGCAUAAAAGCAAAAUAUUUUUUUCAGAAUAGCAAAGCAUUACAGAAUUUUUAAUCUGCUGGAGAAAACACUAUUUACAGUAUGAUGUUCUUUCAGCAAAGCUUUGGGGGUGGUAUAUACCAAUUGGCUUGGCCAGCUUCAUUUUGUGCUAACGUUUAUCUUGGGCAUUGCUGUAAGAAAAAGCUAUUUUUUCACUCACGCUAGCCCUGACUGGUAAAACAUUCAGAGAGGCAAGGAGACUUGUGUUUCGCCACUGGGACUGGGCUAAUAUUUGCAAAACCAACCAAUCUAUGUCAUAUUGUUGUCUUCGCUAAUUAAAAUCCUUUAAAAAUUGUACAUGAUGUAAUAGAAACAUAAGAUUUUGACAAACACCAAAAGAAGCAUUGCAAUUUACAACUUUCUAGCUUUGAGUGUGCUAUUUUUGUCAUCAACAUUACAGGCAUUGGGCUGUUGAAGUGAAUGAAUCUGGCUUUCAUGUAGCUAAAAAAAAAUGUUGCUUUUUAUAAAAUAAGAUCAUUGUAAUUUGGUUCUAAAUUCCUGCUCACUUUUAAUAACAGCAUCACAGUAUCCACUUCUAUGAGAGUAUUUAAUACAAAUGCCUGUGGUUUUCAAUGUUACUAACCUAUUGUAACAUCAGUAAAGUGACUUUCAAUGACAA